UCCUCUCAACAAAAGAAAUGCAGCUCAUAAAAAUAAUCACUUUUCUAAGUCUUUUCUUCUCUUCUCUACAACACUCUUUUUCUUCUUCACAAAUUCAAUCACAUCCUUCACUUCAACAUCAAGCUGUAGGAGUAGUAAAUGGACACCAGCAGCUUUCUCUACCAACAAUGCAUAGAAAGCUAAGAAUAUUCACUAAAAAGGUUAAAGAAUCUGAUGAAGCUAGAGAUAUUGUAUCACACAAGGAGAAAGAUUCCCUUCUUGCAGGGAAACAAAGCAAGAAACAGCAAAACAUGGAGGUUGGGAGCAAAGGAACAAGACAAGAGUGGAUAGAGGAAGCUGAUGAUCCAUCACAAUAUUUUACUAUGGAUUAUAAUCGUGUUAAAAGACGGCGUCCUAUACACAACAAGAAAUUGCCGGUUGGUCCAUAAACAUAGGAUAGGAUAGGAGAAUAGUAUUAUACACCCACCUCCUUUCAUUUCUCUCCAAUAAACAUAACCUAGUUAGGACUUAGGAGUUUAUUAAGGCCACAGUUUUGUCACAAAAGUGUGUAAUUAGGAACUAAAAAUAGGGAAAUGUUUUUUUAAUUACUAGUAUGAAAGUCUUUUCAUUUAUAAAAUGUAUGAAUGAUUUAGGAAAACAUGGAUCAACAACUUAAUUAAAUAUGUUUUUGCA